GAUUGAAUUGGUAGCUAUCGAUUGGACUCGGGGAGAACGUUUUCACAUUCAUACCCAACCUGCAGUGAAACAAAGUCAGAAGUGCACUUGUUGAAGCAAUGCGGUCAACUAUAGGCGGUUCUUUUUUAGUACUAUUGUGCAUAUGUAAUCAUUAUCUAAUCCAUGCCGACAUCCAGCCAGUCGUGUUGGUGCACGGUGGUGCGGGUACGAUAAGUGACGAGAGAAUUCCCGGCAAAUAUCGGGGAUCUAAACUAGCGGCACGUGUGGGUUAUCGGGUGUUGAUGAACAAUGGAACGGUGAUGGAUGCAGUCGUAGAAGCGGUGAAAGUUAUGGAACGUGAUAGUAAUUUCAACGCCGGGUAUGGUUCGGUGUUGAACUACGAUGGAGAUGUAGAAAUGGACGCCAGUGUUAUGGAUGGAGCUACUCUGAAGGCGGGGUGUGUGACUGGUGUGAGGGAUGUACUGCACCCAAUAAGUUUGGCUCGUAAAGUUAUGGAAAACACCAGACACAACUUUUUGGCUGGAGACGGAAUGGUGGAAUUCGCUCUCAAACAGGGUAUAGAAAUUCUUUCUCCCCCUGGACAACUUGUAACUCAAUACGCAAAAGAUUCAUUAGCAUCGUGGAAAGAAAAUAAUAAAGAGAUUAGCACAGGUGAAGGUGGAACGGUUGGUGCUGUAGCAAUUGAUAGGUACGGGAAUAUUGCCGCAGCCACGUCUACCGGAGGUCUCACCGGAAAAGUUCCUGGUCGAGUCGGCGAUACGCCCAUCAUUGGAGCUGGUACGUAUGCGGAUAACCGUGUUUGUGGUAUCUCUGCGACAGGAGACGGAGAUACAAUAAUGAAAGUUGCUUUAGCUCAUGAUAUUGUUAAACGGAUGGAAUACUUGGGAAGCAAUAUUGACGAGGCUGCGAAAGAGGCUCUUGAUGCAAUGACUAAGCGAUUAAAUGGUACAGCCGGCAUAAUUGCUUUGGACAAGGAGGGUAACAUCGGUAUAACAUUCAACUCCGAGCAAAUGUCUUGGGCUUAUCAGCGAGGUAACACUCUUGCGUUUGGAGUGCGGAAAGGAGAACACUUUGAAGAGCACAUAACUGAUGAGAAAUUAUUUUCUAAAUUGCCUAUAUCGGAACAAGUGUUUUAUGACUACCACUGAAACCGAAACUGUUAGCCACAAGAACAAUUUACGUAUACUAGUUGUUACUAAAUUGUACUGUAGAUAAAAGUAUGAAAAAAUUAAAUAGAAACGUAUGAAAUACGAACGUAUAAAAACAAAGUUAUUAUGAAUUCUUUUUAUAAAAUAAAAUCAAAUAACUCUUUGAAUUAUGUGUGCAUGUUUAUGCCUGUAGAGACAUAACAAAUGGUCCACAAAAAAGUAUGUCUAGAAAAAUCAAA